AUCAUUAUAUUCGUAACUGGUUAGUUCUAGAAUAGCUUUUGCAAAAGCUGUUAACAAUAAUGGCUUCAGCAAAUUUCAAUUCAGCGGAUGAAGAUUCGUGGUAUUUUGGGAUGGUAAGCAGGAAAGAUUCGCAAAACAAGCUACUCCACCAAAAGCAUGGAUCUUUUUUGGUGCGAGACAGUACUACAUGUCCCGGUGACUAUGUUCUCUCUGUUAGUGAAAAUAGCAAAGUGAGCCACUACAUUAUCAACAAACAGGAAAAUAGACUUAAAAUUGGAGACCAGAUGUUUGACUCAAUGCCAGAGUUGCUCGACUUUUACAAAGUUCAUUAUUUGGACACAACUACUUUGAUUGAGCCAAUUCCUAAACCUAUUAAACCACAGCAAACAGUCAAUCCGAUUGGAUCCGGAAUGGUUAACAUGUCAUCCAUUACCUCGCCAAUCAAAGAGCCAGAAGUUGCAAAAAAGAGAGAAGGACUUCCUAUGAUGGUGCGUGCGCUCUUCGAUUUCAAGAGUGAUGAUGUAGAUGACCUUCCUUUCUCAAAACACGAGAUUCUGGAGGUAAUAGAGAAGCCAGAAGAAAAUUGGUGGAAUGCGAGGAAUGCACAAGGCCGUAUAGGACAGAUCCCUGUUCCAUAUGUUGAGCCCUAUGUUAUGAAUCGUAAUUCAACCCCUGGAACAUAUCAGAUGCCUGGUGCACAGUUGGUUCUUCAGCCACGACCAACUUCUAUGCCUUCUAGAACAGGACCUGUGUUUGCUGAAGUAAUCACAAGAAGAGUUCCUAAUGCAUACGAUCCAACUGCAUUGGCUUUAGAGGUUGGAGACAGAAUUCAAGUGACACAGAUGAAUAAGAGUGGACAGUGGGAGGGCAUAUGCAACAACAAACAAGGCAAAUUCCCAUUCACCCACGUUAAACUUAUUGACUUCAAUGAUAGUGGUAAAUCUUGAUGUACCCAAUUCAUGUUUUUUUCUUUUUAAAGAGCAACUAUUUGCAAAUAAGAGGUCGUGUUUACCGGGCCAAAUAAUACUCAUUGGUAAUUACAAUAUUUUUAAGCCAUUGUGUUGCAAAUUGAAAUCAUUGCAAAUGAAGGUAACAUCGUAACAUCCUGGUCCUGAUGUCGACUUUUACUGUAGCAUAUCAACACUUAAUACCUGUAUUAGGUAUUGACUUAACCAAAUCCUAUUAACACUAAUACUGCUUGCAGAUAUGUUUUAUUUUAACCAAUUCUUUGUUUUGGUUACAAAACGAUUUUAGAAGAACUAGCAUAAAAGAUCCAUGCAUAGGCCUAUAGUUAAAAAUUUUACAGUAUUAGUACAAUUCAAAACUAAUGCGUAUACAAAUGUGUAAACAUACAGUAAUAAUUAUUUAAAGUUGUACCUACAACUGGGCAAUAAUGGUUUUAUGACACACUUACGUGUUAUACUGUUAUGUAAUGUUUGAAUCUAAUUUUUUGACCAUUCACACAUUAAUUCAACGGCAGUUUCCCAAUUUUCAUAAUUGCUGUCGCUGAGCAUUUUGUUGCAUCGACUGUUUGCAAAUAUCCAAUAUUACUCGAUUUUAUAUUUUUGUUGGACGUUUUAACAAACUCUUUAACAACUGUAGAUAUUCUAGUUAUAUUUAUCUAAUAUAUCGAUCAGUUAAAACGCUUUUUGCUAUGUUAAAUUUACGGAACAGCUAAUAUAUUGACCUACUGUAUCAAGACAGCUGUCAAUUGAUGCAAAAUGUUCAGUUUUUUUUAAUUAAUUUUCCUUUCUUGUCUAAUAUGUGUAUAUAUACAUUUCUACAAAACGUUUCUUGUAAUUUAACAAUCAACAGUUUCAACUUUAGGUUUUUAUCUUUUCAAAUCACCCUCAGCAUGCACUCACUAUGUGUGGUUUGUGCUUGUGUGUGUUCGUGUGACACACUCGCCAGUUGAACUAUGUGCCUUUCACGCAUUGUUCAAACCCAUUGAACGUUCUUGUACAAUACCAUCUCAAUAGCAUAAACUUUGGUUUUAUCGCUUGUAGUUUAUUAUCGCUAAAUUAAGCCAUCGUGGAAAUUUCCUAUCUGUUGUUAACUACAAUAACAAGACAUCGAACAUUACCGUUUUAAUCAAAAGGAUUUUGUUAUUAAAUCAGAUUUUGCUACUAAUCGUUUUUCGUGUUUAACGUAGUUGCGCGUUAACUUAUUGACUCAAACCACGCGAUCGGAUUCAGAAUCAUGCUUUUGUGUACGUUAACGUUAUCAAUACGUUUUUUUCGCGGAUACUAAAUUAGUAAUUUAUGCGCUAUGUUGUUUGUGCUGCGUGAAUGAUAAACGGCAAUUGAUAUGUAACGUUCACCAACUAAGAGUAACGUUUUAUACUUGCUGGUUACAAGUAAAAUCCGAUGUAAUUAUUCUGUCUGGUUCCCGGUGCUUCUCAUAUUCACACGUCAGAGUUGACGCUCAUAGUAUUUGGUAUUCGAUUUCCAGUUAGUAAACGGACAGUGUUCUGUGUUAACGAUUCCAAAAACUGAACUCAUUUUGUUAAACCUUUUGCAUGUUAUUACGUCAUGCCAUUGUCGUAUAGACUGGCGGGCAGCUCAUUUUAACCAUUGUGUAUAAUGUUUAGUGUUUUGGAAAACCACGUCGUAUUUUUUCAUUUCUUUGUAUUGUCUCCGCAACCACUGGAACUUAUUUUUAGCCUUUUAAAGUGUCUGCAGUUUCAGCGUGAUCUGUUUUUGGAAUCCGCGGCUUUUUGUUUCCUUAGUGAGCAAGUGUAAAGUAUCGUUGUUAUAACUGCAAAAUAUAAUGAUUUAAACAAAAACGAA